CUGCAUAGGUGGGGUUCGGUGUGUCGCAUGUAUUCGUUGGGUGGGGGUGUUUGGCUCAGGAUCCCCACCGCAUUGGACAGCAUGCAUUUUAUCUACCCAACACCAGACCCGGGAGCUUCCCCUACCGAAUUAAAGGGAACACCGACAUAUCUGCACCGCUAGGGGGUGUAAGUAUAACUCUCGAAGCCCAGCAUCGACGCAGUGCUCCUCCACGCCCUCUUCUCUUCAUUCACCGUGCUCAAUUUCAGCCUGUAGCAAGAUCAAGGGAGCCUUGUCUAGAAACAGCACUGCAGUCAUGGCAGUUUCAACAGAGUCAUACAUGAAUUUGGACCAGAGUGCCUUUCAUUAUGAUUACGAGACGUUGCGGACCACAGGUGUCAUCCUAGCUGUGAUUAUGUUCGUUGGUGGAAUUCUUAUUGCUCUGAAUCUAGUCCAGUGGAAAGCCCUCAGCCACCACAGACAGAAGUUCCCCCUCAAACGGUGUAAAGCUGAUGGUGCAAUGGGGCGACUCAUUAUAGUGAGAGGAAAUGCUCAGACUCACAAAGUUACUUACAAGAAUGUGGAGGAGAGUAGAACCCGCUUGACCUCUUUUUGUAACCUCCGCCUAAAUGCUGAUGUGUGGCUGUAUUUUUAGGUCUCUCAGUAGAACAUGUGCUUCAUUAUGUCCUUUUGUGUUUAUAUAGUGCUGAUGAUACCGUUCAUGAUGCACCUCAUAUGACUGCAGUUAUUUGACUUAUGCAUGA